CCAGUGCACGCACAGGAGUCUGGGAGGCUGCUCCAGCCUUGAAAAGGAUCCUUCUUAAAAGGAUUUUCUUCCUUCCUUGAGGGAAAGAAAACCCAUUGAUAUAAAACUUCACUUCCCUUCUGGCUUUCCCUUCUAAAUGCCACUGCAGUAGAGACCGAGUGUUGAUAAACACAGGGGAAAGAAAAAAUCAUUUUCUCUCCUUUCCCUGCCUCCUCAACAGAAUUCUGCUCUGUGCAGCUGAUGCUCCUUCAGCCGCCUCCUGUGACCUGCUUGCUUGCUCACAAUCCUGGACGCGGGUGCAGCAGAUGCUGACUCAGCCCAUGCAGUUAAGCAUUAUAAAGCAAGAAGAAAUUAGGAAGCAAUGGGCAGGGCACGCAGGCCUCCACCUGGGCAGCACAGGCAUUGUGAGAGAUGCUUCAACCGUCACUGUCGUGUUCCUGUGGAGCCCAAUGUCUCCUGUGUAAUGAUAAACUGCCACCUGUCCUGUGGCGCCGCCUUCCACAUGUGCAAAGAGGCAGAGCACGAGCUCCUGUGCCCUUUAGAGCAGGUUCCGUGCCUCAACUCCGAAAAUGGCUGCCCCCUCUCCAUGUCCCGCCACAAGCUGGCCAAGCAUCUGCAAGUGUGCCCCGCCAGUGUGGUCUGCUGCUCCAUGGAGUGGAACCGCUGGCCCAACGUGGACUCAGAAACAAUCCUGCACGAAAACAUCAUGAAGGAGCCCCCCAGUGAGGAGUGUUUGGACACAGCCCUGGCCCUCCAGGACCAGAAGGUCCUUUUCAGAUCUUUGAAAAUGGUAGAACUUUUCCCAGAAACUCGAGAGCCCACCAAGGAGGAACCUAUUCUGAAUGGAGAAGCCAGCUGGGAGGAAAUGGGAGGAGCGGUGGGUGGAGCGAAUGCUGGUUUAGUACCACACAACUCUCUGUCAGCCACUACAGGAGACAUGGCAGAGCUGAGUCAAGAAGAACGUGAGGCGUUGGCCAAAACCACAGAAGGGAUGGACCUGACCAAGUUUAGCAAGUGGGAAAAUAUUUUCAGCAAAGAGAACGCAGCCUCUGCUUUAACAAACUCAUCAGCGAGCUGUGAAAGCAAAAGCAGUGAUGGCCCAGGGAAAGAACAGAUUUCCAACAGCAAUAACGUGGUCAGGGAGGACACUGCCAAAGGGAAAGAAGCACAGGAAAACCAGAAACAGCAGGACUGUCAUGCAGCUGUGGAAACAACAGGGCUUGCCCCUUGGCAGGAUGGUGUUCUGGAAAGACUGAAAACAGCUGUGGAUGUAAAGGACUAUAAUAUGUAUCUGGUGCACAAUGGAAGGAUGCUAAUCCACUUUGGUCAAAUGCCUGCUUGUACGCCUAAGGAGAAGGACUUUGUUUAUGGCAAACUUGAGGCUCAGGAAGUGAAGACUGUUUACACCUUCAAAGUUCCUGUGAGCUACUGUGGGAAGCGGGCUCGCAUUGGCGAUGCCAUGUUGAGUUGUAAGCCGAGUGAACACAAGGCAGUAGACACUUCAGAUUUAGGGAUCGCUGUGGAGGACCUGCCCAAAUCAGAUCUCAUCAAGACCACUCUCCUGUGUGCUUUGGAAAGAGAACUCAAAGGUCAUGUCAUCUCUGAAUCCAGGAGCAUUGAUGGGCUGUUCAUGGAUUUUGCUACUCAGACAUACAGUUUUGAGCCAGAACAGUUUUCCUCUGGAACAGUGCUGGCUGACCUCCUAACCACUUCCAACCCAGAGGGGCUCCAUGUGGAACUCCACAGUGAGUGUGUGACCAGGAGACACAACAAGAGCAGCUCUGCCUUCACUUUUACUUGCAACAAAUUCUUCAGGAGGGAUGAAUUCCCUCUGCAUUUCAAGAAUGUCCACACAGACAUUCAGUCAUGUCUCGAUGGCUGGUUCCAGCAUCGGUGCCCCCUCGCCUACUUGGGAUGUACAUUUAUUCAAAACCAUUUCCGUCCCCCAGGGCAAAAGGCAAAAGUGAUCUACAGUCAAGAGCUGGAGACCUUUGCCAUCAAGCCAGAGGUUGCAUCAGAAGUGAAUGAGGGAAGGAAGAACCACCAUCUCUCAGGCCAUGGAGGAAAAAGCCAGAAUUCUUUAACCAGCCUGCCCUUAGAGGUUUUGCAGUACAUCGCUGGGUUCUUGGACAGCAUCAGCCUGUCCCAGCUCUCCCAGGUGUCUGUACUGAUGAGGAACAUCUGUGCCACUUUAUUACAGGAGAGAGGGAUGGUCCUCCUGCAAUGGAAGAAGAAGAGGUAUUCCCACGGAGGCACCUCCUGGAGAGUCCACAAGAAGAUCUGGCAAUUCAGCAGCCUCUUCUCUAAAAUCAACAACUGGGAAUUUAAUGAAGUCACUUCCAUGUCUGAGCACCUGAAGACCUGUCCUUUCAACAUUGUGGAGCACAAGACUGACCCGGUUCUUUUGACCAGCAUGUGUGAGCCCCGUGAGCAGGCCCGAGAGAGCUUAGUUGCCACCUUUAGAGCCAGACCACAAGGAAGACAAGCCAAGUAAAGAGUCCCAUACCACUGUUCUUGAAUUCUUCCUCAGAGUUACUGAAAGUAGGACAGAGUAUGUUUUGGGGGACUUCCCCCUGUAACUGUAUAUAUGCUUAUCUAGGUGUAUUAGAACACGCAAUGUCCUCCAAAACCCGAACUGUUGCACAAGGUCUAAGGACUUCCUAAGCCCUGCCUUGUACAAUUGUUAUCAUACCACAUUGAUGACUUACUUCCUUUCCUUUUUUAUUUCUGAAAUAGAUCAGUCUGAAGAGAAAAUAGGUAACUUGAGGUCAUUGAAGAAGAUAAGCCCAGUUUCUUAAGAGAUAAGAGAGCAAUGAAUUCUAUAAGCAGCAUAGACCUGUGCUUUUAUGGGGCAGGGGGCAGUGUUCAGUUUACAAGCACAUUCAAAUUUGUGGGGCAGGCAAUGCCGAGAUGGGGUCUGAGGUGUCAGCCCUCCAUGGUGUAGGGCACCAGUGUGAAGGUUCUGGAGCUGGGGCUGUCUUGACUUUCAAGUCCAGGGCUGUUUUUCGUUGCCCCACUGCCCCUAAGACCAGAUAUCCAAACACAGCCUGACAGAAUAGAAACCAUGGCUAAGCACAGCAUCCUGGAGGACACCACAUACCAGAGGAUGAAAGGCAGAAAUAGCCCUGGCUGGCGUAGCUCAGUGGAUUGGGCGCGGGCUGCAAACCAAAGUGUCGCAGGUUCGAUUCCCAGUCAGGGUAUAUGCCUGGGUUGCAGGCCAUGACCCCCAGCAACCGCACAUUGAUGUUUCUCUCUCUCUCUCUCUCUUUCUCUCUCCCUUCCCUCUCUAAAAAUAAAUAAAUAAAAUCUUAAAAAAAAGAAAGGCAGAAAUAAGGUCACAGGGUUUGUUGUGUAGAGUCUUGACAAUGUAUAGGACAACCUUGAAAAUUGAAGAGUCCAAAAGAGACACUAUAUUCAUGGAGAAAAUAAGGGCAAAAGCCUCAAGCCUACACUUUAAUAAUGACUUAAGAGUCCAGAUAUUUUUCUCCUGAAAAUUAUAUCCCACGUCUGCAUUAGGGAGAGCACAGACACAGCCCAGCACCAGUACGCACUGCAGGUCCUGCAUGGGAUCUUGGGAAGGAAGUCAUGGCAACAUGGUGGUUCCCUAUAAUGUCUCCUACCCAUUACUGGUCAUGCCUUCAGCCUGUCAAAAGUGGGUGACACUGCUAGUUUUGGGCAACAAACAGCAAAUACUCAUGAGAACAAAAAUAAAAGAAAAAUUCAUAACAGAAACUGACUUCCCCUUUCCUUCAAGCAGGGUUUCUGGGAACUGCUGCCAUCGUGCACCAAAUAAUUCUUUGUCAUGGAAGACUGCCCUAUGUAUGACAGGAUAUUUCGUAGCAUCCCUAGCCCUUAGUCACAGCUGCUAGUAGUACCCUCACAGCUGUAACAACCAAAAAUGUCUCCAGACAUUGUUAAUUAUCCUCUGAGUCACUACUGGGUGAGAACCACUGCCCUGAAAGAUGACACGUCAGAGGCAGGAAGUUAGGAUCAGCUUUCUUCGUACAGCAGAAUCUUCUCUCCCACAUAGUUCUCUUCAGUGGUGAAACUUUCAUCAGCUCUUCUUUAUUUACAAAAUUGGUUUUAGACACAUGGUGAUUUUAAGUCGGGAACCAGAUGGAGCUGAUUUAUUUGGUAUGGCUUCCUGCCCUUGGGUCAAGUGCAAAGGGUAAACUUUUGUACUUGACCCAAAAAGCUAAAGCUUUCUCCAUGUGUAGCUGAAGCCAGGAAAGUUAAGCUAGUCAUCUUGUUUACAUCCCUCUCACCUUGACUGGUGCCAUUUUCUCAGCAGGCCUAGCAGUCCUCAAGCACUUGAGAAAGAAGGGAAAAGGACGAUAGGCAUCGUGGAGAAGUAGAGAACAAAGAAUUUAGCCAACAACAAAAAUGAGUCUAGUUGAUCUGGAUGCUUGUUAUCACCCACAUCUCUGAAGAUGGUCUGAAGCUGGUGUCGAUGAAGUAGAUGGCACCUCUGAGAAGACUCAAGAGGGCACUCGAGCAUGUCCCAGAACAGAAAUCUGCUCACCUUUUCAUUACAAUGUGCCACUUGGUACUGUUCAGUAAUGUAACUGUUUUUCCUCAUCCUUAUUGUUUGGUUUAUAUUUCACAUUUGUAUAUAAGGCAUCAUUUUCUAAAAAUAUAACUAGAGUAUGAUCUAAGCUUUUAUUUGGUGAAGAUAAGUAACCAUAAACAACUAAACCCUGAAGUGGGGAAAAAAGGGAGAAUUCUCCAGAUAUCAGUUCCGUGUGUUUUGGAUCUAGUCCUUCCUAUGUAGAGAAAGUAACCUCCUAAAGUCCAUUCUGGGUUUCUUAUUUUACUAGGGAGAGACAGAGAGAGAGAGAGGGAGAGAGAGGGGGAGGGAGGGAGGGAGAAGGCGGGGAGCUAUCAGCCAAGGGAGGUGAAAAUUAGGGGCUACUGUUAGAUGGGUGAGAAGUACAGAGAAAGGAGGACAGCAGAAGGCUGUCCCCUCACAGUCUGGGGGGUGGGGCAGGCCAGGGGCAGGACAGCAGUCAGGACAGUGCCACACUGCUCUGCAGGCUGCACACUCUAGCCGCACUGUGCUUUCUCUGUUGCUUCCUUCAGAGCAAUACUGAAUUAAUCAAUAUCAUCACAUACAUUUAUAAGAUAUCUAACAGUAUCUGUUGCAGAAAGCAGGGUACUUCAGUGUGUCCACUGAUCUAUCCAAACAAACACAUUUUAUGGUGAGAGGGCAGCUGGAGCAAAAGGAAACCAUUUUACAGAGAGUGAAUUGGACAGAUGAUUUGGUUAGUGAGAUACAGCUGCAGUGAGCAGCAUGAGCAGCAAGCAGUAUCUGAGAGAGGCCAGACAGUGAAACAUGGCUUCAGACUCAGAAGCACUGAGGGGAGUGAAAAGGGACUGUGUUCCCAGGGUGGAGAGAUGUCUAUGCGUAUCACCACCAAGAUAAUUGGUUCAGAGUAAAAAUCGGCCAAACGUGGAGGAUGAGGUCCAUAGAACUGUUGCAUAGGGAUCUGGAAAAGAAGUUCCUGUCUUAAAAUAAAGGGAAAAGUGAAAAGCAUGGUGGGUCUUGGAGGUGUCACCAGAAAACCACUGUAAAAUUCUGACCUAUGUGUGAUGUCAAAUAAAACUGAAAUGAAGAAUGAGAUUGUGCAUAUCUAUGAAGACUUACCUCUCUCUGUAUGCUGGAAAUCCCAACAUUUCUAUAAGCAGAAAUAAAAGCUGUUUUGCACUCUUA